UUAUUAGAAUUGUAAUUGUGUCGAAAAUGGGCCAUAAUUUUAUUUGAAUGUAUUUCACACCCCUCUCUUACCACCAUGGUUUUUUCCAUCAUGGACGCCAUUCACUGACGUUCAUCCGGGUACUGCCAGGUCUCUGCCUCACAGCAUCAUGAGUGAGCUGAAGGACUGCCCUCCACUGAAAUACUAUGACUUCAAGCCCGUCGAGCAUGUCAAGGUGUGCCCCCGCUACACCGCAGUCUUGGGCCGCUCAGAGGACGAUGGGAUUGGCAUUGAGGAGCUGGACACCCUGCAGCUGGAGCUGGAGACACUCCUGUCCUCAGCCAGCCGCCGCCUCCGGGCCCUGGAGGAGCAGAGACAGAUCCUCACUGACUGGCAGGACAAGAAAGGGGAUAAGCGCUUUCUGAAGCUGGGGAAAGACCCAGACCCUGCUGCCACAUCUCGCCACAAACCAAAAAAACAGAAGUUGGAUGGCAAAGGUGGUCAUGGUCCAGGUCCUGGUCCUGGCAGACCCAAAUCCAAAAACCUGCAGCCUAAAGUCCAAGAAUAUGAAUUUACAGACGAUCCACAAGACAUUCCUCGCACUCCUAAAAAUGAUGCUCCAAACAGAUUCUGGGCAUCAGUUGAGCCAUAUUGCGCCGAUAUUACAAAUGAAGAGAUACGAUUGCUAGAAGAGCUUCUGAAACCCCCAGAUGAUGAAGCUGAGUAUUUCAAAAUUCCAGCACUGGGGAAACACUACUCUCAGCGAUGGGCUCAAGAGGAUCUGCUAGAGGAGCAGAGGGAAGGAGCGCGAGCCAAUGACAAGAAGAAGAGCCUCAUGGGAGGACCGCUGUCUGAACUGGAUGCAAAAGAUGUUGACUCGCUGCUGAAAAAGUCAGAGUCCCAGCAUGAAUCUCCAGAGGACGGCUGUCCCUUUGGUCCUCUCACGCAGCGUCUGCUCCAGGCUCUUGUAGAGGAGAACAUUAUAUCCCCCAUGGAGGAUUCUCCUAUACCAGACAUUUCCGGGAGGGAUGCUAAUGAUGGCGCUGGGACGUCUCCUCGAAGCCAAGGAAAAGCUUUUAGUGUUCCUCACACACGUUCCCUGGAGGCACGGAUCAAAGAGGAGCUGGUAGCCCAGGGGCUGCUGGACUCUGAGGAGCGACCUGGACCAGGAGGAGACUCUGAGGACGAGGUCCUGGCUGAAUUGCAGAAGAGACAAGCAGAGCUGAAAGCCCUGAGUGCUCACAACAGAGCUCGCAAGCAGGAGCUGCUUCGGUUGGCAAAAGAGGAGAUGCGCAAGCAGGAGCUGAGGCAGAGAGUCAGGGUGUCUGACAAUGAGGUGAUGGAGGGAUUUCGGCGGAUCAUGGCAGCACGGCAGAAGAAACGCACUCCCACUAAAAAGGAGAAGGACCAGGCCUGGAAAGCGCUGAAGGAGAGGGAGAGCAUCCUUAAGCUACUGGACGGAUAGAAGAAGCAACAGUGUGUGUCUGGUUUUUAUCCAGAAAAAUGCUGGCAGCAUUUUCCCCCCACACAGUUUAGGACAGUUGUGACAGAUGUUAGAUGGUCAGUAAACAGCUGUAUCUGUGAUGAAUGAUACAGUUUACUGCAGGUGUACAUGAUUUGAGUAGGGACAUUUCUGUCAUAGUUUUUAUGUCAUGUACAGCAGAAAGCAAAAAUGACCCCAAACAAGUUGUUAUGCAUCAGAGACUUUUUCUCCUUUUGUUGAAUUUUUUUCUUUGUCAGUGGAUUUUUUUUAUGUUGCCUUUUUUUGUUUACCAUUGUAAUGUUAUGAAAACAGUACACAUGAAUGUUUGAAUAAAUGAGUAUCAUUAAAGACA